AUGUCGACCUCGACGCGCGAGUCCAGCUCCUCCCCCGAUAUCUUGGGUCCUCCAGGCGAUGCCGACUACCUAAUAUCAUCGCCGAUCAAGCCAUUUGCCGGCCGUCAAAGUUGGCUAUCUCCCGCCAAUAUCAGACGUCAACAAACCCCGGCUAAGCGACCGCGUGUCAGCCUAAGUCCCGCGAAAAGCGCGCAUUCGAUUCAGUUCAACGAUGUGGUGCUUCCUGGAUCGCCGACAAUGAAGCUCAACGGUCGCCAGAGGUCGCUGUCACCCGAAAAGAUGCAGCAGGACGGCAAUGUGAGCCCGUGGCGCAUUCGAGUCACGCUCGAGGCUACGCAGGAUGAGGAAAACCAGGGCAGCCCGGCGCGCAAGCGAUUACGACCGUCGACCAUGACAACCAAAGUCCCUUUGAAAGAUGAUAGAAGCCCAUUGAUGGAGAAGACGCCUGCUCGGCGACGGGGCCGACCAAGGAAACCAGAUAUUCAGGCGCAGAAUGGGUCGCCGUUUCCAGGGAGCAGGCCGCGCAAGGGUACCCCCAAGCCCAAAUCUCAGGAGCUGCUGCAGGUUGAUGACCAGCCAACUCCCACAGCCCAGCUCGCUCAACAUGGAAGCCCAAUGGACAUCAUUGCCGAUGGGGCUGGGGAUGGUGAUGCUGUUCGACAAUGGAGUCCCAUGAACCUUGCUGCCGACAGAAGCUCGGAAAGCGACUCACUGGGUGGCGAUGAUUUCGCCGUUGCGGAUCUCACGAUACCAACACAGCCUGGCUCCGAGGUCUGGGACACCAGCGCCCGCCAUGAAUAUGACCGACAGACCUACGACACGCCUACCAUCGGCGCCACAGAACAUCACUUUCUUGAUCGUGACGACGAGAACCUACACUCCACUCCUUCCAAGAUGCCAUCGCCGACUCGGGAUAGGCUGACCUCGUCGCCAAAAUCCAAUCAUCGUGCCAGCCACACUCCACCACGAAACUAUCCGACACCCACACCUACCUCCUCGCCGAUCGAAGAAGAUAACCAAGCCGAGGAAGCCGACGUGAACGAGGAACCCGGGACAGACCAGCACCCGGAACCCGACCCAACCGACGACCACCAAGAAUUUGAUUCUAUCAUGGAAAGUGAAGGGUUUACUAUGAUUUCCUUGGACACUCUUCCAUCAGCCAAGCAGCAUGGGUUGAGCUCCAGCGCCAAGAUGUCUACAAGCGGCGCACCCAAGCCAUUCACGGAUCGCGAGAACGGCGUGGGACAGCGAUUGAAGCGCAAGUUACCUGGAACGAUUGAUGACCUGCGAAGCGAUUUUCAUGCCCAAAAAACGUCUAGUCCAAUGGCUAAAGAUUUUUCUCCCGGCCCACGGAAGCAAAUUGAACCAGUGUCAGACCAUUCAGCGACGAAGAAAAGUCUUGUUGAUUAUGAUGUUUUUUACCCCGAGAUCCCUGCAGCGCAUCUGUCCGAGGUAUCGGCUGCACCGAAAAGAAGGACCUUCACAAGCCUAGCGAGGCUUGUUCGUGUGGGCAUAGCCCUCCAAGGACCGUUCCAGCCUCGAGCGGAUGAAUGGCCCGGUAAUAGCAAUGCUGACCGCAAGAGGCGUCUUGAAAAUGCUUUUAGCACCUUCAGCCCUGAGACUCAGCGCGAGUUGAGGGUUGCAUUGGGCCUGGGACAGGAGCUUGCUAUGCGACGGACAUUGGCGGAAGAGAAGGCCAGAGAAGAGAUGGAUGCGGAAGAUAUGGUUGCGCCGAUGGAGGAGGAACAGGAAUACGAUGAAGACGUCGAUGAGAAUGCAGCAAUGCCAGAGGACGAAGAGGAAGAGCAAGAAGAGGAGGAGGAGGAGGAAGGCAACUUCGAUGAGGAAGAUAAUGACAGACCGACCGAGGAAGAAGAAGAUGAUGAUGAAUCUGGGUUGUCAUCGCCCCAGCUAACGCAAAGGGGCGCAUUAUCCUCCGCAAGAGCUCAACGGGAGGCCGAAUGGCAACAGACUCGAGAGGCCGUCAGUCGCCACGCCCAAAUGGCAGCCAACGCGGGCUCGACCAUCUACAUCGACAGCGAUGGAGAGCUAACGCAAAAGGAUGGGGUUGACGCCGAAAAUGAGGACGCCAAUGAAUACGACGCUCAAUCCCAAUCCGAGAUCGACUCUCACCACGAAGAGCCUCUAGAUGCGGAGCCUGAACUUGUACCUGAGCCUUUUUCUACCGUCCAGCCAACAACGGCAGGAGACGAAUUUGAUGAGGGCGAGGAUGGCGAAAACGGAGAAGACGACGGAGAUGAUGAUAUCUGGCAAUUGGAGGCUCGGGACCACAGUCAAAUCUCGCAUCAUUCUGGAAAGGAUCACGCGCAGCUUCUGGCAGAGGAGGCCGCUAGUCCUUGGCGGCAGAUUGCUGGACAAUCUGCACACCAAAAUGGCUUGAGUUCUUCUCCAGCCUGGAGGAACGGAGAAGAGCGUGAUACGGCGUACUUUGGACAGUCCCACAUUCGCAAGUUGCGCGACGAGGAGGUCGACUUGUCGGCCGUGCUUGGGCAAGAGAACACGCCAAACCGUGCCCGCUACUACAAUGGAGGUAGCACGCCUCGGAGUAUCCUGAGCCAUCGAUCCUGGGCACAGCCUUCCUCGAUUAAUGGAUCUGCCGCGAAAGGUUCUGCGCCGCAUUCGACUGGGAAGCGUGUUCGGUUGCAACCGCUCUCACCGUCCCCAGACGAGAUGUCCCAAGAAGAUGAACUCAGCUCUCCGGUGGCAGCCAACGAGAGUCCUCAGCUGAAACGGCCAGCGAAGACUAACGGCGAUAGCCACGUCUCUGAUCAUGCCCCCAGUGAAAUUGGUCCUGCUCAGGCAACCCCGGAGCCUUCACGGCCGCCAAAUGGGGAUGCUCCGUCAUCAUCUUGGUUCCAGCGGAUCACGGAUCUCACGCCAAGAUGGUUGAAAGCUCCCAUUAGAUUCAGGGAUGAAAGUGUCAGUGCUAUCUCAGACGAAGUCGAGGGUGUUCAAGAAAAUGAGCAAGAAGACGAUUCAAAAAAUGACCGAGAAGAUGAGCAAGAAGAUGAAGAGGCAUUGGCCAGCAUCGAGCCUGCUCAGGAAAUUUAUGAGGAUCUCCAAGAGGAGCCGCCUCUCCAAAACUCGGUUGAAUCCCCUGCGAGAUCAUGGGAUGAACGACCGAUGUCCCCGCCAUUGGAGGACCACGUGUUUAUCCCGGAGGCAGACGAAGAAGAGGAACAGAGCGCUGAGCAGAGAGAUACUUGGAAUAUCGCGGAAGACAAUGUCGACCAAAUGAAGGGCUAUGACCAGCCCACUCAACCACGACCACUGGCGGCAUUUGGCGACUUCUCUAAUCAGCAUUACUCGGCUCUUCGCCGGUUCUAUCGAAUGGCCAAGCACUUCCCCGAACGCUUUCCAUAUUAUGACGCCCCGGGACGUGCCGCGAUCAUCGGUGAUUGGAUUUGGACGUCGAAUGGGCGUCACGGGGUGCCCAUCACGGAGCUCCAGUUCGCUGUCAUCGACCGCUUUGUGCAGGAACUCUCUCGCGCCGAUCUCCAGUACGGCGGAACGGGGCAGGUCGACUGGACCGAAGCUGAUCUGCACCGACGGUUGAUUAGUGUUGCUAUUGGCGAGCAGAUCCGAGAGGAAGAGAAAGCCAAGGCGAAUCGUGGGGCAUCCGUUGACACUUGGCGAUGA